UGAACUAUUAUCGGCGUGAGAGGUUUGGGCCGAGGCGUGUUGAUGAUGUUUGAGUUUGACUGAUUCUGGUUUUUUUCUAUUUAUUGAUUUGUUGAGAUUUUUUCCACGUUUUUUUUUUUAAAUUGAUCAGAGGGAAUCUAUCAUCUACAGUACUCUCUCUGUAUCUUCAUUUUCAUCUCCGCUCCAAAACGGCGGCGUUGUGGGCAUCUCUCUCUCUCUCUCAUUCAUUCUUUCUUUAUUUGGUCAACUGGAGAAAACCCCCAACACUAUAAUUUGGCUUCACACUCAAUUUUGCUUGGUACUCACUGAUUCACGCCUCCCCAAUUUUCACCUUUUCUCGCGUUCUUAGGGUUCCCCUUUAUCGAAAUUUUUGGUUUUUGAUUAAUAUUGUCCCGCCCAUUGCAUGUUGUUGUUGUGUUCUGUCCUGAUUGCUUUUUGUUGGGUUUCUGAAAUUAUCUUCAAUUGGAGCUUUUUGGUGAUCUUCCAUUCGAAAUUGAUGCCAAAUCAUCAAACAUUACGCAAAAAGCCACCGCCCACUUGAAAGUUGAAACCUUUUUGGUUGGGUGAUUAUGAUUGUUUUGUUUAUUUCGAUUUAGCAAAUUACUUUCCAAUAUGCAAGUGAGGCUCGGCAUCAAAGUAUGUAUCUUUUCUUUGUUUGAUCCUAUCUGGAAGCUCUUUACUAUUUUGGGCUGGUUAAGUAAGAACUUGACCGCUUGGUUCUUCUGAGAGAGUCGAAGGAGGUCUUCCGAUGGAUUUGGCUAUUGAUAUCAGUUCAGAUAGUGACGUCGAGAUACAAGAAACUAGAACAAGGCCUCGUCUUCCCCCACCGUCUACUGAAGGAUCUCAUCGAAGGGAUCCCUCUACGCUGAGACCGCACUUUCUUGGUGGGAGUUCUUCCAGUGCAAAUGGUCACACGAAAGUGGGACUUACUGAUCCUGCUUCACGCAAUGGUUUUGAAGCUCUUAAAAGGACACAUCCACCAGCCAUUAAUCGACUUCCAUUUCCUCCUAGACCUGACAAUGGUACAAUUCACGGGAAUGCGAGUCACUUUCGUGGGCAUUAUAGUAGCCCAUCUGUGUCUACAUCAGGCAACAAGAGUAGCAUUGGUGAUCGUUAUAGUGGAGCACAUGAUGAGCUAGGCAUAGUUCGUGUGACUAAUGGCACUCGGAUCCUACCUUCAUCUAUGGCUCAUGGAACACCUGUGCCUCCUUCACAUGUUAAUGGUUUUAGUGAACCAAUGCAUAGGAAUGGCAUGGGUGAAGAUAGGAAUUCGGAAAAUGAUGAGAGGCUGAUCUAUCAGGCUGCACUACAGGAACUGAAUCAACCCAAGUCUGAGGUUGAUUUACCUGCCGGUCUUCUUUCAGUUCCCCUUAUGAGGCAUCAGAAAAUUGCAUUGGCAUGGAUGUUUCAGAAGGAAACUUGUAGUUUGCACUGUCGGGGAGGGAUAUUAGCUGAUGAUCAGGGCCUUGGUAAGACAGUCUCGACUAUUGCUCUUAUCCUAAGGCAAAUGCACGAGGCAAAGUUAAAGUCCAAGAUAUCAAGUAAUCAAGAGGCUGAACCAUUGGAUCUGGAUGCUGAUGAUGAGUCAGAAAAUCCAUUAGAGAAACCAGAGUCUAAGGCUUCAAAUGAUAGUGGUGCGAAUGGUAGGUCAGGCAUAAGGAAAGCCAAGGUUGAAGAAGCAAGUACUUCAACACAGAAAUUUAUCAGGAACAGACCAGCUGCUGGCACUUUAAUUGUUUGUCCAGCAAGUGUUGUGCGGCAGUGGGCAAGAGAACUUGAUGAGAAGGUUAAUGAUGAAGCCAAACUUUCUGUUUUAAUAUACCACGGCGGUAACAGGACCAAAGAUCCUGUUGAACUAGCUAAGUAUGAUGUGGUAAUGACAACUUACGCUAUUGUUUCAAAUGAAGUUCCAAAGCAACCCCUGGUGGAUGAUGAUGAGAACGAUGAAAAAAAUGCCGAAAAGUACGGUCUCGCUUCUGGCUUCUCUGUCAAUAAGAAACGGAAAAUUGCAGAGGGUUCUACUAAGAAGAGUAAGAAAAAAGGUAAGAAAAAUGCUGAUGAUUCUUUGUCUGACCCUGACUCUGGUACUCUGGCAAGAGUUGGGUGGUUUCGAGUUGUACUAGAUGAAGCUCAAACGAUUAAGAAUCAUAGAACCCAAGUGGCAAGAGCAUGUUGCGGUCUUCGAGCCAAAAGGAGAUGGUGUUUGUCUGGAACACCGAUACAAAAUACAAUUGAUGAUUUAUACAGCUAUUUCAGAUUUCUAAGAUAUGACCCAUACGCCGUAUACAAGUCAUUCUGCCACACAAUUAAGGGUCCAAUUUCCAAAAAUUCCCUUCAAGGUUACAAGAAGCUUCAAGCUGUUCUAAGGGCUAUUAUGCUGCGCCGUACUAAAGGAACAUUGCUUGAUGGCCAGCCUAUAAUUAAUCUACCACCAAAGACAAUUAAUUUGAGCAAGGUGGACUUUUCGGUAGAGGAGCGGUCUUUCUACAACAAGCUUGAAUCUGAUUCACGUUCACAGUUCAAGGCAUAUGCUGCUGCAGGAACUUUGAAUCAAAACUAUGCAAACAUACUUCUCAUGCUUUUGCGACUACGCCAAGCUUGUGACCACCCCCAACUUGUUAAAGGAUAUAACUCAGAUUCUGUUGGAAAAGUAUCAGAAGCAGCUGUUAAAAGACUUCCUAAGGAGGCUCGAGUUCGCCUGCUCAGUCGCGUAGAAUCAUCUCCCAUCUGCUGUCGCUGCCAUGAUCCACCAGAAGACCCUGUUGUUACUUUGUGUGGCCAUAUAUUCUGCUAUCAAUGUGUAUCAGACUAUAUCACAGCGGAUGAGAACACGUGCCCUGCGCCUAGAUGCCGAGAACAGCUUGCACAUGAUGUUGUUUUCUCUGAAUCCACCCUUAGAAGUUGCAUUGCUGAUGAUUUGGGUUGUAGUUCUUCACAGGAUAGAGGUCUUGAAAAAGCAGUUAUCCAGAACAGCGAGUUUAGUUCAUCAAAAAUCAAAGCUGUCUUAGAUAUUCUACAGUCGCUUUCUAACCAAGGCAGUCCAAACUCAGCACAGAAUGGUCGAAUGUCUUCUUCCUCGCAGCCAUAUGACGAUGAUGAUGUCACCAUUGUAGAAAAAACGAGUCUGCACUCAACUCCUUCUAACCAAGGACCAAUAAAAACGAUUAUAUUUUCUCAGUGGACUGGUAUGCUUGACUUGGUCGAGCUGUCUCUAGUUGAAUAUAGUAUAGAAUUUAGAAGACUAGAUGGUACAAUGAGUCUAAUUGCCAGAGACAGAGCUGUGAAAGAGUUCAGCAACGAUCCAGAUGUAAAAGUGAUGAUAAUGUCUUUAAAAGCUGGAAAUCUUGGGCUGAAUAUGAUUGCUGCAUGUCAUGUCAUUCUUCUGGAUCUUUGGUGGAAUCCAACUACUGAAGAUCAAGCUAUUGAUCGAGCACAUCGUAUUGGACAAACUCGACCAGUAACUGUAACUCGUAUGACAAUCAAAGAUACUGUCGAGGAUAGAAUCUUGGCUCUACAGGAAGAUAAAAGGAAAAUGGUUGCCUCUGCCUUUGGUGAAGAUCAUGGCGGAAGCUCUGCAACUCGAUUAACAGUAGAUGAUCUCAAGUAUCUGUUCAUGGUGUAGCCGUUUUUCUCUUCUUCCAGAAUUUUGAUCAUGAGCUGCAUUUUUGGUGUUCUUCUGGUACACAGAUUGAAAGCGAGGAAAUAUGUAAAUAACUUGUCUUCUUUUCGUAGUAUAUACAUCAAACUCUCUUUGGAGAUUGCAUGCCCUUAUUGUAAACUAAAUAUAUACAGUAUACAACAAGUUAGUCAUUUUACAUACAUACAUGACAAGAUCAUCUGCUUAAGCUAAA